AUUUAUUGGGAAAGAGAUUGCAAGAGACAUUGAAUCAUUAUCAGACAUGCAAUCCGAAUUAGAUUUAUUGGGACAAGAGAUUGCAAGAGACAAAGAAUUAGAACAGUUUGCUAAGAAAGAAAAAUUUGAUUCUAGAAUCACAAAAUUUGAAGCUAUCAAGGAAGAAAUUCGGAAUUUGAUUCUAUAA